CAUGCAUGAAUUAAAUUGUGCUCCCGCAUGACCUAACUGAAAAUUCUAGUUUUGUGGGCCUUUCAAAAAUCUCAAAUUCUCGAACUUUCAGGCCUCAGCUUUGUUUGUGAAUUGUUUCUCUCUCUCAGACUCUCACGGUCUCACCAAAUGACCAAAGCCUCUUGUUUGCAACGCACACGUGAUGCGCACGUGAUGCGCUACGCUACCUCCCUUUUGUUUUUAUCCUAUUUAUUCACUUACAAACUCCAUUCCCAAAUUACUAGAUUUAUUUAUUCAAGCUUUCAAAAAUGGCGGAAACUAAGAGAUUCAUCUACGAGAUCGAACCUUCAAAGCCUGAAAAUGAUGGAAAACCAUCAACUGGACCUGUUUAUCGCAAUAUUUUCGCUAAAGAUGGAUUCCCUCAGCCUCCUCCUGGCAUGGACACUUGCUGGGACAUCUUUCGCAUGUCUGUGGAAAAAUUUCCUAACAAUCCAAUGCUUGGUCGUCGUGAGAUUGUGGAUGGAAAGGCCGGAGAAUAUGUAUGGCUUACUUACAAGGAGGUAUAUGACGUAGUCAUCAAAGUGGGGAAUGCUAUUCGUCAUUGUGGUGUUGGAGAGGGAGGACGUUGUGGUAUAUAUGGAGCAAAUUGUGCAGAGUGGAUCAUGAGCAUGGAGGCUUGCAACGCCCAGGGAAUCUAUUGUGUCCCUUUGUACGACACUUUGGGGGCUGGUGCUGUAGAAUUCAUUAUUAGCCAUGCCGAAGUUUCAAUAGCAUUUGUUGAAGAAAAAAAGAUUCCGGAGCUGCUUAAAACUUUAGAAAACACGUCAAAAUACUUGAAAACUUUGGUUAGUUUUGGGAAGAUUACAUCCGAGCAAAAGGAUGAAGUUGAAAAACUUGGACUGCAGAUGUAUAGCUGGGAUGACUUUUUGGAAUUGGGAGGUGAUAAACAAUAUGAAUUGGUGAAGAGGGAGAAGAGUGAUAUCUCUACAAUAAUGUAUACUAGUGGGACAACCGGAGAACCCAAGGGUGUACUCAUUUCAAACGAGAGUAUUAUAACACUAAUAGCUGGUGUAAACCGCUUUCUGGAAAGUUCAAAUGAAGAGUUAAAUAUAGAGGAUGUGUAUUUGUCUUAUCUGCCUUUGGCUCAUAUCUUUGAUCGGGUGAUUGAGGAAUGCUUUAUAUCUCACGGUGCACGUAUAGGAUUUUGGAGAGGGGAUGUCAAGUUAUUGCUUGAGGAUAUUGGAGUUUUAAAGCCAACCGUUUUCUGUGCCGUUCCUCGUGUAUUAGACAGAAUUUAUGCAGGUUUGCAAGAGAAACUUCGAGCUGGUGGUUUAUUGAAACGCACACUCUUUGGCUUUGCAUACUCACGCAAAUUCAAUAGCAUGAAGAAGGGUGCAAAGCAUUCAGACGCAGCUCCCAUGUUUGAUAAAAUUGUUUUUAACAAGGUGAAGGAAGCUUUGGGGGGAAAAGUGAGGCUAAUUUUAUCAGGAGCUGCUCCAUUAGCUAGUCAUGUAGAAACCUUUCUGCGGGUAGUAGCAUGCUGUUUUGUGUUACAAGGAUAUGGAUUGACUGAAACCUGUGCUGGAACUUUUGUUUCGCUGCCUAAUGAGAUUCAGAUGAUUGGGACAGUUGGUCCUCCAUUGGCAAAUGUGGAUGUAUGCCUUGAAUCAGUCCCUGAGAUGGGAUAUGAUGCACUUUCCAGCACACCACGUGGAGAAAUCUGUGUCAGAGGAAAAACUCUCUUCUCAGGAUACCACAAACGAGAAGACCUUACUAAGGAAGUCAUGGUUGAUGGAUGGUUCCACACAGGUGAUGUUGGAGAGUGGCAACCUGAUGGAAGUAUGAAAAUCAUCGACCGUAAAAAGAACAUUUUUAAGCUUUCACAGGGAGAAUAUGUUGCAGUUGAGAACUUGGAGAACAUUUACGGCCUUUGCACUGCUAUUGAUUCGAUAUGGAUCUACGGGAAUAGUUUCCAUUCAUUUCUUGUUGCAGUUGCCAAUCCUAAUAGGGGUGCACUUGAGCGUUGGGCUCAAGAAAAUGGCAUAGAAGGAGAUUUUGAUGCUCUGUGCAAUAACCCUAAGGCUAAGGAAUACAUACUUGGAGAGCUCUCAAAGAUUGGGAAAGAGAAGAAGCUAAAAGGCUUUGAGUUUGUCAAAGCUAUUCAUUUGGAUCCUGUGCCCUUUGACAUUGAACAUGACCUUCUUACACCAACUUAUAAAAAGAAGAGGCCGCAAUUACUUAAGUAUUAUCAGAAUAUUAUCGAUGAUAUGUACAAGACUGCUACUUAACCAAAUUCCUGAAGAAGAUUGGUACUUUGUUCACUUUGGUUCAUCCCUCACUUUUUUUUUGCAUCUUUCUUUUGUACAUCCGUUUCUGACCUUUUUGUGUUUACAUACUAAUAUUUCACAGGUUUUAAAUUUUACUAGUAAAAAUUGUAUUCAGGAACUGGAUUGUUUCUGAUGAUUAUUUAUUCAUACAAUAAUUUAUUUAGUCUUUUAUUUUCGAAAGUUUAAAA